AUGUUGCAAGCAUUAUCUGUACCCGAUUCAACAGUUCAGAAUGAUACGAAAAUAUUAUUAGCUGUUCAUUGUGCUCUAAACGUUUGGCUAAACAAUGACUGGCAAAAUCCUAAUUGGUGGUUUAAUCAAAUUAACAUACCACUUGAAGCAACUGGUCAAUUGUUGAUGUUAGGUGACAAUGCAACUAAUUUCCAGAUUGAAAAAAUCAAAGAAAUAUCUUACCGUGCAGCUUGGUGGCUGCACAGACCACAGGAUGUUGGUGCUAAUUUAGUGUGGAUGAUUCAAGUUCAACUGUAUCGAUCAUUAGCAACUGUCAAUAUCACGGGCAUCGAACAAGGUUUUGAACGAAUGUGGGAAGAUAUAGCUAUUUCACCAUUGGAUGGAGAAGGUGUUCAGAUUGAUUGGUCUUAUCAUUUUCAUGGACAACAAUUACUCUCUGGUGCUUAUGGAUUAGUAUGGGUUAAUAAUAUACUUUUAUUUAUCUUAUGUAGCAAUGAUACUCAAUAUCAAUUAGAUAAACAACGGUUGUUAUUAUUUGUUGAGUUUUUAAUUCAAGGUGAUGCAUGGAUGAUCAUCGAUAGGGAAUGGGAUUGGCAUGUUGUUGGUAGAGGUAUUUCGGGUCCAGGUAAUGGAUUUAAGAAUGGAUUUCAAAGAAGUUGGAUGAGAUCAUUAGCACAGUUUAUUCAAUUGAAUGAUACUCGAAAUGAACUGAUCGAUUUUGUUGAUCGUCUUGAUGGAAAAUCAAAUGCUUCAAGACUCAUUGGUAAUAAACAUUUUUUCACUUCUGAUUAUCAAGUACAUCGUCGAGUUACAUGGAUAUCUACAAUUAAAAUGCAAUCAAUUAGAUCACAACCAGUAGAAUGUAUCAAUGGUCAAAAUUUAAAAGAUGAGCACGGUGGUCAAGGCGUACUCAAUUUGUACAUAGCUGGUAAAAAUGACUAUGCAGAAAUUUUCGCCAUUAUUGAUUGGCAGGCUAUUAAUGGUAUCACCGUUGAACAUGAUAUUCCGCUUGAACCAUGUCAAAAUGGAAACUUUCCUAUGAAAAAAAUGUCAUUUGUCGGAGGAGUUAGUGAUGGUCAAUAUGGAUUAGCUAUAAUGGAUACAGCAUCGCAUAAUCUCACUGCACAAAGAUCAUGGCAUUUCUAUGAUGAUGCAAUUAUUGCAGUUGCUACUAAUCUAACAUUGACUUUAUCAAGAACAGCAUGGACUACCCUUGCUAGUCGUUUAGUAGUGGCUGGUCAGAUAACCAUUGGUUUUUUUAAUUCGACUGUGAUUACUCUCAUAGAUGGAAAUUAUUCUUUUCCAUAUAGUCAAAACACAACAUUUAAUGUACAAUGGAUACACGUUGGUGGAACUGAAAUCGGUUAUCUUUUACAAAUACAACGACAGUAUUCUUCAUUAGAAAUAGAAAUUGGAAUCAAAACAGGUAACUAUGAUGCAAUUGGUCCCUUCAAUUCUACGGUAACAGCACGAAUGUUAACUGUAUCAAUAAAUCAUGGAGUUGGACCGUAUAUUCGUGACUAUGGUUAUAUCAUUUUACCUAAUACUUCUCUCGAAUCAAUACCAGCUGUGAUAAAACAGUAUGAUGAAGAACAAGUCUUUUCAUGUAUUUCAACCAACAAUACUUUCCAUGGAACAAUAUGGCCUACACGUAAACGUGCAUCAUUUGUUUUGUGGGAUAAUAGCACUGCAACGUUCUCAUGCAAAAGUUUACUGUUUUCAAUAACUAUUCAGUUGAAUGAUGCUGGAGCUUAUUUAUUUAGUGAAAAUUCUACUGAUUUUUCUUUAACAGCAUCCCAUCCAACACGAGUGAAUGGCACAGUAAAAGUGACGGUUGAUCGAGUAGGCUAUGGUGAACAUUGUACGGUAUCGUCAAAUUCGAAUGCAUCUACAACCAUGAUUAUAUUGCCGUUACCUACUUCAAAAGAGUUGUUAGGCGGAUCAGUAACUGCUACAUGUAAGAAACAGAAUGUCACUUGA